CUCUAUUCCCUCUCGUCGGCACCCAAUGAUCCGUCGACACGGCCAUACUGGUAACCCCUCACUGGACUGUUCUUCUAACCCUAAUUCCUCCACUACUUCUCAUUUCCCAUCAGCCGGCGUUGCCGCCGCUUCACGUUCCCGCACUAUGUCCGACGACGACGACCGCGUAGCCCCGCCCUUCUCCAUUAAAAACUCUCCUUCUUCGUCGCCGUCGCCGUCACCGUCACCUCCGCCGCCUUGUACAGACAACAAGCUACUAGCAUUGCCUCCACCUCCAAUUCUUAACCCGGCGUCGAUGUCAGCUCGGACGCCAGUUUUUCCAGCUCGAGAAGAUUGCUGGUCAGAGGCAGCGACACAUACUUUAGUAGAGGCAUGGGGUUCCAAGUACGUGGAGCUCAAUCGCGGAAAUCUCCGGCACCAGCAAUGGCAGGAAGUCGCCGACGCUGUCAACGCCCUUCACGGCCACACCAAAAAGCAAUACCGCACUGACAUACAGUGCAAAAACCGCAUUGACACCUUAAAGAAGAAGUACAAGAUCGAGAAGGCUAGGGUUUCUCAAUCUCAAGGACUUUAUGUCUCCACGUGGCCUUUCUUCAGCAGCCUCAACGCCCUCAUCGGCGUCACCUACAAAGUCUCGCCGUCUCCGUCGCCGGAAACGGUCAUUCCUCAACGUAGAAAGUCUCCGUCGCCUUCGACGGCGGCGUUCACUCCUCAAUGGAGAUCGUCUCCACCGCUGCUUCCUCCGCCGCUAUUUGGCAUACCAGUUGGUUUCCGGUCGAAGCGCCCAGCGGCAGCUAUGGAUUACACGGUGUCACGGAGGAAUUUCUCGGCCAUGGCAGCAGCGGCGGCGGCUGCGUCUGAGGAUUCAGGUGAAGAGGAUGAGGAGGGAUCGGAGAAGUCAAGUAGAAAGAGGAGUGGUGGGGGGAUGGUAGAGGGGGAUGGUUAUAGGAGGAUAGCUGAGGCAAUAGGGAGGUUUGGGGAGAUAUAUGAAAGAGUAGAAAAGGCAAAGCAGAGGCAAAUGUUGGAGUUGGAGAAGCAAAGAAUGCAAUUCGCAAAGGACUUGGAAAUUCAGAGAAUGAAACUUAUUAUGGAGUCACAACUGCACCUUCAAAAGCUUAAACGCUCUAAACCGCACUUCACAAGCCGAUGAUUACUUGUAGAUGGAGGGUGGUGGUGACAUGCCCUAUAAUUUUAUGCGGAUCUUUUGGAAGCCAUACAUAUAUUUUGAUUAGUGCCAUCAAAAGGAUCAAAUCUGCUACCUUGAAGAUGAUCCAUAGAAGAUAGUUCCAGGCUUGAUUUGCUCUGUCGAUGCUCCAAAAUUGUAUCUAGCUGCUUGAGAAUCUAGAGUAAUUUUGUAACUUAUCUUUCUCUAGAUUACAUGCUUUUUGCACUACAAGCUAGGUGAAAAUGUUUGCUUGAGACUGACUUCAUUUGUUCCUGGUUAUAUUGUUCUAAGCUUCAAGCUGUUGAUGAUAACUAUCUAUGCACUAAAUAGAUGCAUGAAGGUCCAGCCUUUGGUACUCGACCGCUACUGGCUUUGGCCGUAAUUCAUCUUUUC